UGCAUAUGGCUGAUCACAUAUUUUAACUUGAGUUUUUGAAAUUGCUAUCAAUGGUGAUAUGAUGCGAAAUAUCUGACUUUUCUCUGGAUUAGCAGCACUGACCAUGGGUCAGUCCGAAAGUAAUGGAGAUGGAGAUGGAGAGGUGGAAUUGGCGCAGAUCCAAGGCCUCUACACAGCCUUCAUAAAGGAAUGCCCAAGUGGAGCUUUACACAUGCAUGAAUUUAGAAACAUAUUUGGAAUAUCAAGCUCUUCAGAAGAGGAAUGUCUUUACAUAGAGAGAGUAUUCAAGUCCUUUGACCAGAACAAGGAUAAUGUGAUAGACUUCAUGGAGUUUGUAGCAGCAGUGAACCUUGUUCUCCGAGGGAAGUUAGAGGACGGACUGAAGUGGUCUUUUAAAGUCUAUGACCGAGAUGACAACGGAAAACUUGACAGAAGUGAGGUGAAGCACAUAAUAAAGAUAAUUUACAAACUCAGGAAAUCCAACUCAGACAUGACACCGGACCAAGUCUGUGACAGAAUAUUUGAACUUGUGGAUUCAAAUAAAGAUGGCCAAAUCUCCCUUGCAGAAUUUAUGGAAGGGGCGCAGAAAGAUCAAUGGAUUAUGGAUCAGCUCAAACUGGACAUUAAUGCUAGACGCUGGUUCAAGGAGAACUGGAAACAGAAAUUAUAA